AUGACUGGUGUGGCUCCGACUGGGGAACCUCUUCAUGGUCAAGAAUCGACUGAGAGUUUCUUGAAAGACCAUAAUCGCCGUGACCCUAGCAAUCUUGGGCCCGUCGUCGGUUUCGGCAAGCCGGUAUGCGACACAGAAACACAGAGAAAGCUUGGACUCGAAGAAAACAGCAAGCAGCCGGGGUUCCAUGAUGUAGUCGCGAAAGAGGUAUGCAAGGUGCUGAACAAAAGCCAUUUCAGCAGAGAGCCGGCAUCGAGCUGCUAUCUUCACCGACUUCCAUUGAACGUCCGAGUCAGGAUAUAUGGGUUCCUGUUCCCCCACGACCGUACCGUCUUGGAGAUAGAGAAGUUCUCCCAAAAAGAAACCACAAACCUGGCCAUCCUCAGUACUUCACAUCAAAUCUACCACGAAGCCUCGAUUGCCCUGUAUCACUCGCUAGCGUACCGCCGGGUGGUGCUCAAGGAGUAUGGCGCCUCCACCGCGUACCUCCUCAGACGUUUCCCGCGGGAACUGCGAUGCUGUCGUUGGAAGUGGCUUGGGUCCGUUUGCUGUAAUUAUUUGCUCGACAAACAACGACCUUUUGGAACCAUUGUACUUUCGCUUGGUGACAGGAACCAUGAACUAGCCGUGCAACGUCGCUGGAGUUUCUCCGUUUUCAUUACCACUUUGAGAAUGGACAAGCCGCUGCGCGUUCAUGAUCUGACGAUUGUCGCGACCGACAAUUGGAAAAUGCCUGGCUUCGCCGAGACGCAUUUGAUCCAGGACUUAUUCAGCGGAGCAUUCGAGAUACUUGGGAGACUGAUAUUCAAAGGCUUCACCAAGAUGGAGAGGAAGCGCCUCGUCAGGCUGAUAUUCGCGAAGAGAGACCCUCGUGUGCAAGUCAUGCGACGUAGCGACGAGGUCGAGGUUCAAGUUCUGUAA